CGAGUGAAUUAUCAAAUAACUUAACAAAAAUACUAAGGAACUGCUUUCCGUUGCUUACUAUUGUAUAGCGCUGUCGACGGAAGAGCCACAACAAUGUCUGCCCAAGCUCAAAUGAGAGCUUUGCUCGACCAGCUGAUGGGGACAGCAAGGGACGGUUCAGUGUAUCUUUGCCAGCCUACAACAAUCUGCAAAGGAGUUGCAGAAAAGCCUCAUGUUCAUCGAGCCGUGAGUCACACAUAAUUUUUAAAGCUGUUAUAAUGAAUAUCCAAACCAUUUGUUUGCCUUCCGGAACUUAUUGUAGCUUUUUUUUAAUCACACAAAUGGGUAUAUCUUCAGUGGCACUAGAAUAACAAUUUGGAGUAGUAUUAUGCAGCUUGAGCUAAGACGUCUGGUCGCGCAGAAUCCAAACGAGCAGUUCGUCUGUUUUUCAGAAGGCAAUUUUUAGCAAUCAUCGAGAGAGAGAAAAAAAAAAAAGAAGAAAAAAACUUUGCACACAUCAUUUACAAUCUGACUUGUGUAUGACUCCCAACUUCUUACUACAGGUAUGGGCAAGAAAACUGUUCCCAUUUAUACUUUUCUACAGCGGGUUUAAAAUUCUGCAGCUGAGGUCUUGAAGAUGCAGAAGGGUACAGUAUGUGGUGCAAAUCGCAGUGUGUAUAAACUAAUUUUUUUCCUUGGAUUUCUUUUAUAUUUUUGUUUUUGAAUUUAUUUUCAAUGUUUCAUAUUUGUUAAAGGUUUGGCUGGAACAUUUGUGUGAAAUGUUUACAUUUCUUAUUAUAAUCUUGAGAGCAGUCCUUCCUGCAUAGUACCUCUGUUAGACACUAGUUAAUUGAAACACACAUUUGUAGUUAUUUACCUGUUUUCCACCCCUAUUCGCUAAAUCUCGUAAUGCUCCACAUUUACAUAAUGGACAUUGAGCCUUAUCGCAAGUUAAACUGAGUUAAGGCUAACAUCGCCAUAUUUUUAUUGAGGCUUGGGUAAGGUAAGCACCAAAAAUAAACAGGAAGUACCAUAUACAUGCAGAGCCCCAUGUAACUUCUUCAGUUUGACACAUAAGUGGAUAAUAAAUGCAAUCCAACAGAAGCACAGUAUUUAUUUAGUGGUAAAUAUGUUACACCAAUAAAGUAUAUGUGACACUUCAACAAUUGGUUUUCACCCAUUUAGGUGGACACACAAUCCUUGAAUGCAGUUAUAGUGACAUAUCUGCCCAUUUAAAGUUGUGCAUUUACUGUAAUGUUUAUUAAUCACUGGAUACCUCGCCCGUGAUAACAAAUAUGUGAGGUCUUUCUCACUGGUUGUUUUUCUGGACUGUUGCAGGCGAUGAGACGAGACAGAGGGUCAAGUUCACUGACGAUCGAGUCUGCAAAAGUCAUCUUUUAAACUGCUGUCCACAUGACAUCCUGUCUGGAACUCGUAUGGACCUGGGAGAGUGCACGAAGAUCCAUGACCUGGCGCUUCGGGCCGAUUAUGAAAUUGCUUCCAAGGAGAGAGAUCUGUUCUUUGAGCUUGAUGCGGUGGAUCACCUGGAGUCAUUCAUCGCUGACUGUGACCGGAGGACAGAACUGGCCAAGAAGCGCCUGGCUGAAACCCAAGAAGAGAUCAGUGCUGAGGUCGCAGCAAAGGCAGAGAAAGUUCAUGAGCUGAACGAGGAAAUUGGGAAGCUCCUGGCCAAGGCUGAGCAGCUCGGAGCUGAGGGCAACGUUGACGAGGCCCAGAAGGUUCUGCAGGAAGUCGAGAAAGUCCGCACUCGGAAGAAGGAUGCAGAGGAAGAGUACAGAAACUCCAUGCCAGCCUCCAGCUUCCAGCAGCAGAAGCUUCGGGUGUGUGAGGUGUGCUCCGCUUACCUGGGCCUCCAUGACAACGAUCGCCGUUUGGCCGACCAUUUCGGUGGGAAGCUUCAUCUGGGCUUCAUCCAGAUCAGAGAGAAACUGGACCAACUAAAGAAAACUGUGGUCGACAAGCAGGAGAAAAGGAACCAGGAGCGCUUGAAGAGACGAGAAGAGAGAGAGAAAGAGGAAAGGAUGAAGAAGAGGACCAGAUCACGGAGCAGAGAGCAUAGAAGAUCCCGUUCUCGCGACCGCAGAAGGAGGCGAUCACGCUCCACAUCACGAGACAAGCGCCGUUCUCGCUCGCGCUCCAGGGAGAGGAGGAGGAGGCACCGCAGCCGCUCCCGCUCCCGCAGCCGAGGACACCGUCACAGCCACGAGCAGAGCUCCAGACACAAGUCGUCCAGGGACCGAGAGCGCUCAUCCAGAGACAGGUCACGGGAGCGGGACAGGCGGGACGGUAUGAACGGCAGGUCAGACUCCCGCCGGGCAGACGACAGGGACAUGGGAGACCUCUGAAGACCAAACUCCAUCCACCACAACACACGGCGUCCUCCUGUCUCUCUCACCUGUCUGUCCAUUUAUAAUAACCCUAAUGUCACACACGGUCCUUGCCUUGACCCGUGUUCUCCCGCCUGCCUCCUUUCUUUGCUUUAACGGUUAUUGCAGCCGCCCCAGAGUGUACACAAACCCUGAAAUAUUGUAUGGAUAAAAAUAUGCUAGCAUCCAGAUAUAUCAGAUUGUGUUUGGAUAAAGGGGGGAGUUAGUUAUUGAUCAGUAGUGGAGUGUAUUGUAAUACCCACAUCUGUGAUUUGGUGGCUGUCUGUAUCCAAUACAUCCCAUGUUGUCUUAUAAACUGCCCUGAAAUGAUUCCAACAGGAAAAGCAAACAUAAACAGAUGGUCUGCUGGACUGAAGAAUAAAGUGUAACUGAUCCAUAUUCUUUUAUUAUUAACUGAUGGUCUUUUUAUACAGAAUCUGUCCGUAUGUUGUGGCCUGAAAAGCCUCGUCCUAUCAAGAAGUCGUUCUUUUCCAUCUCUCUCUGAAGAGUUCUUCUCACCAGCUCCUCCUAACUGCAGGAGUUGUUCGCAGCAGAGUGCAGUUCAUGAAUGUCUCCACAUUUUUGUCUUUUGUCCAGUACUUAGUUUGCAAAAAGCCCAGUUAGUUUGUUUUUUUAGAAACCCAAAUAAAAACCAAGAGGUUUAAAGUGUUAGUAUCAACUUUGUUUCUCAUUGCUCACUUUUUUUAAAUUAAGUUUUAUUUUAUGCUGCCGGUAGUGAAGGGAGUCUGUUUGAUUGAGAGUGGGCCAGUAUAGUAAGUAAAUGCUUUUUAUGAAUUGUAUUGGUGGCAAGUGUCUUGUUUUAUCAUUUGUUUCCAUCUUUAUUUCUUUUAUUUAAAAUAAAUUGUAACUUCCCAGGAUUGUGUCGGCAUAUGAAGCAGGAAUGAUAAAUUGGACACUCAGUGCUAUAACUGUACAUACCUUUUAUUAGUCUUUAUCUUUUCACCCAAUUUGGACAAAUUCCUCUGAAGAGAUUUAUUAUUGCAAACAGAUUUUAAUGGAUGCAUUGCUUUACCUAAUGUGCGAAGUCAUAUCUGUUUAUGUUUUGCUGGAAAUCUUUCUUUAAAGUCUCAAUUAAAAUAAAAUAAAAAUCA